GACUCUGUCUAGUCACAAUCAAGAAACAGACAUCAUGAAUCUAACAACAACUGCUGAGCUGGCAGUUAAUCAAGUCUACAUUCUGCAUUUUAAAUAUACUGGGUUGAUGGAGGAUGAUAUGCACGGAUUCUAUCGUAGCUACUAUGUGAAUGACAACAAUGAGACCAAAUGGCUGGGAUCCACACAGUUUCAGACACACCAUGCCCGCCGUGCAUUCCCCAGCUUCGAUGAGCCCCAAUUCAAGGCAACCUUCGAUGUGACAAUUAAACGUCAUCGAUCCUUCAACACUGUCAGCAACACAAAAAUUUUAAAGACCUAUGUCAGUGAUGAAGCCAACUACUUUGUGGAUGAGUUCCAGACAACACCGAAAAUGUCGACUUAUUUGUUAGCCUUCAUCAUCUCCGAGUUCACCAUUCGAAAGGACGAUACUUUUGGAGUUCUCUCACGUCCCGAGUUCUAUACACAGACCCAAUACAGUUUCAAUGUCGGUCGUAAGAUUCUCGAUGAGAUGGGCAAAUAUUUAAAAAUGGACUACUAUGGAAUGGGUAACGAUAAGAUGGAUAUGGCGGCCAUACCUGAUUUCUCAGCUGGUGCCAUGGAAAACUGGGGAUUGCUUACCUACAGAGAGCGUAGUCUUCUCGUGGAUGAGUCGGCAACUACUCUAUCAUCUCGUCAAUCCAUCGCAGCACUAGUGGCCCAUGAGCAGGCACAUAUGUGGUUCGGCGAUCUCGUCACCUGUCAAUGGUGGAGCUACACCUGGCUCAACGAAGGAUUUGCCCAAUACUUCCAAUACUUCGGAACCGCUUUUGUCGAAGCUGAGUGGGAGCUGGAAAAGCAGUUUGUCGUUCUUCAGGUGCAGUCAGUGAUGGCCAUGGACUCAACCAAUGCUACCAAUCCCCUAACCGAUUUAAACACCUACACACCAGCCCAUCUUAGUCGUAUGUUCAACAGCAUCUCCUACAGCAAAGGUGCCUCAUUUAUUCGCAUGAUAGAGCACACCAUGGGCACAGAAAACUUCCAGAAGUCUCUGCAGGAAUAUCUAGCUAAACAUAAAUAUGAAUCAUCCGUGCCGGCAUAUCUGUUGGCUGCCUGGACUGCACAGUGGCCAGAAAACAGAUUCAAGAGCAGCGCAGAGCGUAUCUUUAACAGCUUCACCACACAGGUGGGAUAUCCCCUGAUCAAUGCCAAGCUAUCCACCGAUGGCAAGAGCGUUGAGUUCACCCAGCAGCGCUUCCUGCUCAAGGAGAAUGAUGGAGCCGAGAAGAAUUUGAAGUACACAGUGCCCAUAAGCUAUACCACAAACUUGGAGAAAAACUUUAACAAUACUCAGCCCAAGUUUGUAUUGGCCGACACCGCCGCAUCCCACACAGAGACGUUGGCUAAUGGGACCAGCUGGAUUAUUGCCAACAUCCAGGAGACUGGAUACUAUCGCGUCAAUUACACUGAAAGCAACUGGCAUGCAAUCCAUAAGGCUCUUACCGAAAGCAACUGGGGCGGCAUUCAUGAAAUUAAUCGUGCCCAGCUGGUCGAUGAUCUCCUCAAUAUGGCACGAGCUGGACUCAUCGAGUAUAGCCUGACUUUCGAUGUUCUGGAGUAUUUGGAAACGGAAACCAACUACAUCCCAUGGACGUCGGGAUUCAAUGGAUUUAACUUCCUGGCAAUACGCCUCGGCAAUGAUACCAAAGAUUUCAGCGUGUACAUCAGGGAUUUAACCACAAAGGCCUACAACAAAUUGGGCUUUGAGGAGACUACGUCAGAUAAGGCGCUCGAUAUCUACUUGCGUACCAAGGUUCUAUCCUGGACCUGUCGCUAUGGAAACGCAGACUGUAUCAACCGGGCCAAGAACUACUUCAAUUCACUGUCCUCUGUUCCCAAGAACAUUCGGUCAGUGGUCUAUUGCGUGGCCUUGCGUGAGGGCGGCAGCACAGAAUUUGAGGCACUGUAUCAGAAAUUCAAGACCGAGUCGGUUGCUACUGAGGAAACACUCCUGCAGAACUCCUUCGGCUGUGUGAAGACUCAACCCCUGAUCGAACGAGUCUUUAGUUUAGUACUCUCAGAUGAGAUACGCAGACAAGACAAAGCUUCAGUUCUUAGCACGCUCUACACCGAGAACAAUGAGAAUGUUAGCCCUGUCUUCGAGUUGGUCACCAAGCAAUACGAAGCUUUGGCCGAAGCUAUGGGCAGCUACUCCGCGGUCGCUACAGUCAUAUCCAACAUCGCUGCACGUUUCACAGAGGAAAAACAACUUUCUGCUCUGAAAAACUUCAACGUGGCCAACAGCGCCAAGUUUGGCAGCUCUGCCUCUACGUUGAAAUCGGCUGAGACUUCCGUUGAAGAGAACAUCAAAUGGGCUGACGCUAAGCUUGGACAUUUCCGCACUUAUCUGUCAAAACGCAACGGCAGCGCGAUGAUCAGUGCCUUCAGCCUACUCACUCUUCUGCUGGUUUCCUUUACCACAUUUUUGCACUAG